CUUCAGCAGAUCAAGUUGACUUGACUGACAUUGGUGAUAGUGUUGUAGACACAACUGAAAGAGUUGCUGGUGCUGAGUCUGACCAAAUAGGAUUGCCUCAUUUACAUCAGAUAAAAGUACCGUCAGUGAUGAAGAGCAGUCUAACCAAGAAAUGCCCUACAUACUUGCAAGGCCAUGUGAACCACAACACAAAACUGAAGAAUUAACACAGAAAGGUGCAACCUUGUCAUUGUAUCAGGAAGAGGAGGAAAGCAGUGAUGCUGACAAAAAGCCAUUGCCUCAUGAUGAUAUUUUCUGUUGGUGCAACACCAAGUCUUGCAAACAGCUGAAGCGCAGAUACAGAAGAAAGCAGUUAUCCUGGGAGAAAAAUACCUACUUCUGCCCAAGUCCACUUAUAAACCCUUCAGACUACUCUAAAGUGAUUCUGAAGCUCUUCAAUUUAUACUUUGCUCAGUACACCAAUUACCAGAAAACAUUUUUUCAAAAUAUGCUUUCUUGGGGAAGUAGCGUCACUGUUGGCCAUCACUGCUCUGGCACACUGACUGCCAAGAAAAGAGGAGAUCCAUCACAGGGCUUUGAGUUGAAGUCUGAUGAUAAGCAUGCCUUUUCCGCUUCACCUACUUCUGGCUCAGAUCCAAGGAAGAAUGUUCAAGCAGAACAUCAUGCUUUGAAUAAAAAAAUACAAUUGGAAAAAAAAGAUGGUACUGGUAAAUUUUCUCAAAGGGUCCAUGCCCUAUGCUCUACACACACUUUAGAGACUGAGGAUACUCAGCCUUAUGAUUCAGGUGAUGAAUUGCCAGAUAUUACUUUCCCUAUGACACAAAGGUUGGUAGAAAAAGAUAAUCAGGGUAUGGAGUCCCAACAAGGCAGCAAAGACCAGAUUGAAGUACAGACUGUUAAAAAUGAAAAGAGUAGUGUUAGUAGUGAGAGUUUGGGCUUUAUUUUCUGUGAAGAUAGUGAGGAAUGUCCUCAUUUGUCAUCAUCUUCAGAUUCAAAACUCACUCUACUAGAGAAACAGCAGCAAAAUAGCUCACACAAGAAGAAUAGAAGAGACCCUGAAAAUCUCCAGAUUUCCAGGCAGUUUUCUCCUGCUGAAGCCCUAGAACAAAAGGAAAUCAGGCGCAAACGCAAGCAGAACAAUCCCACAGAGGACAAUGUGUGUAGUGUAGAUGAUGAUGACUUUGAGAUCUUAUUUCUUCAGAAGAAGAAACAUUCUGGUAAUAAAAAAAGGCAGGGUGAAGUGUAUGCAACUGGACAGAAAAGACCAGCGAGCACUAAAUGUACAGAAGACAACAGUAGCCAACUGAAGAAAAUGGCUCUCUCAGAAGGCUCAUCGAGUCUUAGCGGCUCUCACUCACAGGAUAGCUUAGAAUCUGCAUUGGGAAGAAGGGCAGAAAGUGAUAAAGUCAUGGAUAAGGAAGGCAAAAGAGGCUAUUUUGAAGGACCAGAAAAACAGGCUGAAAAUGAUGUGUAUAUUUCAAAAAUAGCUUAUAGAGAUCCCAGCUCCACCAGACAAAGACGCAAUUUGACACAGAAAGGGUACAGACAGAACGAAGAAGUUGCAAAAACAGAACAAGUAAUACCUGACGCAGAAGGGCCUAAUACGAAGCAGUUUGAAGUGGAAGGAAAAGAGCAAUCUGAAGUACAAUGUCCUAUGUGCUUCAAAUCUUUUCCAAAAGAUGUGGUGGAAGAACAUGCCUACAUCUGCCAGGGAUCAGAAUCUUUAGGAGACAUAAGUAAUGAUAGGCCACAUCAGAGAGUUUUCCCACAGAGAUCAAAAACAACAGAUCUAUUACUAAUGCCACUGACAAGACAGCCUAUCCAUGAUUCAGAUUACAGAGUUCCUACGACAUGCACAAUAUGUGAAGCACAAGUGUUGGGACAGAGAGCAUAUCAGCAACAUUACAGGAGAUGUUUAAAAAGGACCCUUCCUACACAGCAACAUUUGGUAAAAGGUGGUCAGCUUGGGAGGGAACAAAAUGAAUUUGAUGUCCCUAUGUCAAGACAUGUUGCAUUAAGGGAUAAUCCUGAAACAUCAAAAGAUAUGUCACAAGACAUGGCAGAAGAUUCAGACAGUGAUUUACACUCUGAUGAUGCCACCAAUGACCCAGACUUUAUUCCAACCAUAAAGCAGUGAAACAUAUAGAGCACAGUUUAUAAAAAAAAUUGCUGAUGUUAUACCGAAAAUGUUUAAAUUGGUUGUCAUCCCAGUAAGUUUUAAGAACCAACAGUAGGACAAUCCAAACUACACUUCAUAAAAGCGAGAAAAGUAAUGUAUUUAUGGCUAAAGUUGCCUUUGUAACAUUAAAAAUACAGAUUACAUUCCCUUGCAUUCCCGUCUUUCUGUGCCUUCGGGAUGGGGGUUGUGUGAGUGUAUGUACAUCUGUAAGAAAAGUGGGAGAAUGUUGACUUGCCUUAAUCUUGUAGUUUACUGACUUUUGAGAUUUGUUGACCCUGAUGGGUUAGCCAUAAUCAAAACAGGAAAUCCUCAGUAUUACUGCUAAAAACCGUAAGGAAUUUUAUUCAGGUUUUUUUCUUUCUUUCCAUCUUGAGAUCUUUGGUUUAUUUCUUUCUGGUGGAUAGCUUUCUAAUUGACUAUUGUCCCUUAAUAGCUCUAAAUUUUGCUGCAGGGAGCUGGUGAGGAAUUCACAGGUAAUUGUGACUUGCCAUCAUCCUUGACAGAUGUUUUAGGCUUUGUAAACGCUUUCUUGCUUCUUAUGUUAAUAUUUUGCAUUGUUCAUUGGUUAGUGUUUAAGAAGGCAUAUGCCAUUUUGAUAAAUGGUAUCAUAAGCUGGGUACAGUGAAUGUAAGUAGAUCACAUGUUUAGGGCAUAGCAUGUGGGAGGCAAAGCCCAACCCUCUCCUUCCACUACCUUUACCUACCUUAAUUAAUUAGGUACUCACUUGGGUGGCAGGGAAUUUUUCAAGCAGUCCUCAAAUCUGAUCCAGAGAUGAGUGCAUUAACUAGACCAUGGUGCCUUCCCACUAUCUUGGUAUCAGUAAAAUUGAGUACAGUAUAAACAGAACUGCUGUGACUUGUUUUAUCUGCUGGUAAGCAUCACAUAUAGAAUACUCAUGACAGCUAUCAUAAUUAUUUAAACCAUCUUUAGAGAGAAUGCAAUAAUGGCGUUAAUACUUUGGCAUGUUACUGUAUUCUGUACAAAGCAUACAUUUGACAUGUAUAUCAACACUGAAAGUUCUUUUAGGUGCAGUUUUCUGUAAGAAUUGAUUGGGUUUUUUUAAAUAAAAUGAAUUUUGUGUGUUCA